AAGAUUUUAUCUCCAGCAGCAAUGAAAACUGCGGUUGUUGCCAACCAGAAGAUACCGUUACCAUUACAGCAGCUGAUGUUACAGGCGGCUGUAACUGUAGCUGUACCAGCCCGACAAGUGAACCGCAAACUUCGACUGAAAAACCGACGAGCACGACUGAGUCCCCACCAGGGUGGACCAUCGAGAAGGAUGGUGCGGAAGGAGAAACCUCCGAGACGGAACCCAACUCAAACAGUUUUCCCUACGCUUCCUGUGGACUACAGAUUCAUUCGGGAACUGCCGACAGCCCCAGCUACGUUGGGCUGUGGUGCCGAUUUGACAACGGGACAGAAGCAGAACAGGGAGAAACUGUGGAGCUGGACUUCGACCCGUCAGCUGCCUGGCACAAGUACACCUUACAGUUCAUGGAGGAGAGGAUUUUUGCAACCAAGGUGGACAGAUCCGUGCGAUUGUACAUCGACGGCCAGUUAA